AUGGCUCCAAUUCGGCGGUAUUUACGUAUCAGCAAGUUCUCCGUUCUCGAAUGUAGGAUUUAUCUCGAGGAUCCAUCCGAUACACGAUGGAUACUCGAUAGCCGCGACCCGGUUCUGCCGCGCAUCUUCGCCUCCAUUCGACCCUUAAUCCUCCCGAAGCUGCGAGAAGAGAAUGAGAGACUGUUUGCUCGAAAGAAAGGAAAGCCGGUAAAAGAUAUGAUCGCUGAAGACGAUUUCGAAGUUGCAUUGUUCCUCAGAGAAUCGCGAACUCGGCAUUCGCUCUUGACACGGCACAAAGCCUUUGAUGAGCCAGGGAAUAAACUCAAUCGGACUGGAUCAAUAACGGGAGAAGGUGGAAAACCAGACAACGGCAUCUUGGUUGAGAGUGGCAGCGAGUCGGAGUUCAACAUCCAUGCCGUCCCGCAAGCAGGUUCAGAGGAAGAAAAUGGUCCACCAGAGGGCAAGCGCACGAAACGGAAGAGAGAUGAAUCUUUGCCAGAAUCACCCGAGCACGAGGACAAGAAACUACGUUUCAAAACGAACUAUGAAGGGUUCAACAUCCACGGUUGGAUGCUCUGCUUGCUCGUCACUCGAAAAAGUGACAAAAGCAAGGCCAGACUAGAGGCAACAGAACCUAAGCGCCAGAUCUUGAUGGAGGAAUGGAUAUCCACGCAGGCUCAAGGAGAUCUCGACGAAGAAUAA